AUGUAUGAUGUGCUGUAUACAAAGGCAAGUGUGACGUAUUGUAGAUGGGGCCACCUACUCCGCUCGGUGAGUUUAUCUUUCACAGUCUCAACAUUCGUAGCCUUCUUGCUCAUUAACAAGCAUGGGUACUCGACCAUUGAUCUGAUUAUAACAUUCUUGUUGCUGGUUGGAGCCAUUGUUCUCGAGAUGUAUGCCAUUAUUGUACUACUUUCCUCGGAUUGGACCAUUCUCUCGUUGAGUAAGCACAAAAUAACCCUCAAGGAUAGGGGUGAGAUGGAUCGAGCAAACAAGAGAUGGUCUAAUUCCAUGGCACAAUACAAUCUGAUGAGUUUCUGCCUCAAAGACAAGCCGAUCAGGUGGUAUCUUGAACUACUCCAGGGAUUCUCUUACGUUUAUGAAAUGUUGGAGAAGCAUCACUACAAGAGUUCUGUGACCGUUGCUGAUAAUUUAAAAGCAUUGAUCUUCCAGCACCUUUCAGAUAAAUCAAAGGGUAUUAAGAAGGAACGUUCAGAUACCAGUUCAAAUAAUUACAAGGAAUUAUGUGCUGGUAGGGGUGAUCUGGUACUCAAGAAAGAGCAAUAUAAUUGUCACAGUGACCUUGGCUGGAGCGUUGAGGAAGACUUUGAUCAGAGCAUUCUUCUCUGGCACAUUGCCACUGAUCUCUUGUAUUAUACUGAUCAUCAAAACCAAAAUCCAAGCUCGGUUAAAAAUCCAGAUUGUAGAACCAUAAGCAAGAUGGUGUCAGACUAUAUGUUAUAUCUUCUGGUCAUGUGCCCUUUCAUGCUCCCUGAUGGAAUUGGACAGAUCAGAUUUCAAGACAGCUGUGCGGAGGCCAAACAGUUUUUAGAGGACAAGAAGCUAGUCGGGGAAGGAGGAACCGAGGCUUGCCAAAAGUUACUUGCGGUGAACACUGAAGUUCCACCUCUGCAAGUCAAAGGAGAUAAAAGCAAGUCUGUGCUAUUCGAUGCCUGCAGGCUGGCUAAGUCUCUGCAAUCCCUGAAGAUAGCUGAGAAAGAGAAAUGGGAGAUGAUAUGUGAUGUGUGGGUGGAGAUGCUGUGUUAUGCUGCCAGCCAGUGUGGAUGGAAUCAGCACGCCCAGCAGCUGAGGCGAGGAGGAGAGCUGCUCACCCAUGUGUGGCUUCUCAUGGCCCAUUUUGGUAUAAGUGAACAUUUCAAGAUUUCACAAGGCCACGGAAGGUCUGUGGUGGUUGUGACUUAG